GAAAUAUUUUUCUACUAUUGCAAAGAUGAGCCUUUUCAACUCCGAAGAAUCGGAUGCAUCGCUCAAUGACAAAUUUCUGGCCGCUGUCGAAAUAGUUCAGAAUAUGCCCAAGGAAGGACCGGUCACAACAACAACGGAUGAAAAGCUUAUGUUUUACUCUCUGUACAAGCAAGCUACACUUGGUCCGUGUACGGUUCCUCAGCCUGGCUUCUGGAAUGUUGUCGAAAAGUUCAAAUGGAACGCGUGGAAGGAGCUCGGAAAUAUGGAUACUCACCAAGCUAAAAGUACUUACAUUGACAAGCUGGUACAAAAAAUAAUGUCGGCCAAUGAGCACAACUCGGAAUGGCUGCAGCAUGAACUUUUUGACAAGCUGUUGCCGCAGUUUGCCGUCUUGGGAUUACGGCCAUCUACUUCAAGAGAAAAUGCCAUAGCGCGAGUAAACAAAACCCAUGCUCCUGGCGAUCAAGAAGGAGAGCAGGAUAAUAGUCAUUGCGAUACUCGUUCGCAUACAUCUUCACCAUUUGCUACAUCAGACAUGGAUUAUAUGGAUUGUGAUGAAGACGGAAGACAAUCACGUGAAUCGCAUGCAAUGGAACCAUUCACUGGAGAGCGGUCUCAUUCUGGGAGCAGAAGUGAUAGCGCAUUCAGAAAGUACUGCGAAAGAAUAGAGAACGAAUUGAAGGUAAUCUCUCGACAAAUUACUAGCCUUGCAAGUGCUGCUGAAUCACGUCAUUCUACGCUUUUGGAUAUCCUUAGCCGAACGGCCUUCCGCGUGCUCAUACCACAGAGGAUCUCUUGGAAGACAAUUAUAAUCUUGAUCAUUUGGCCUUUCAUAGCCAAUAUGCUUGUACGUAUACUCAGAAAUGCUAUCGGUGUAUGAGACAGAGAAAUUCAGUUCUACUUUGUGAUUAUCAAAUACGAGCUUUGUUUAUCUGUAUAAUUUGAAUUCUUGUA